AUGAGCGGAGAUAAUUUCACUUCUAAACCGCGUGCCGCUUUGGGGGAUGUGACUAAUUUGCCAGCAAAAAGGGGGUUUUCAUCGAUUUCUGAUGAUUUGGGGAUUAAAUCUAGAGGUGGGUUUGGUGAAAAUGGGGGUUCAGGUUUUGCAAAACAAGUUUGUUUAGAGAAAAGCCAAACCAAAAUUGGAGAUGACAGUGGUAAUGAGAAGGGUUGGGAUUCGUUGACUACUAGUAGUAAGAUUGAUGCCUCGAAGGAGAAUGUAGCUGUUGUGUCUGUUGUCGCAGAUAGACCUAGUGAUAUUAAGGAAACAUCUAAUUUGAUUGAUGGUAGUGGGGAUCCUGUUAUGAGUGGCGGUACGAGAACACAAAGCGUUGGGGAAGUUAGUUGUGCAUCUAGUGGUUCAAUGUAUACAAGCUUUGGGCUGUGUGCAAAAGAUAGUGAUGACGAAGGGAAAGUCACCUCCAGUGUUAUGCUGAACAAUCCAGCAGUUCAAGUAUUAGUCAGUGGUGCUUCUACAAGUGAUGAGAAUGUUUCUGGUGUUGGUAGAUUGGCUAGUGACAAAUAUGGUUCUGUUGAGUGGUCGAGGUUGCCCAAUUCACAGGGUUUGAAAUCGUUUGAGUUGGAAAAGUGCACAACACUCAAGGGCGAUGUUUGUACCAAUCUGAAAGCAGGCGCUGACAUGCUCAAAACUUGCUCUUGUUCUUUUUGCUUGAAAGCAUUGAGGAAGAGUCAUAAGGAAGCUGGAAUCUUGGUUAAUAAAUAUUCCAGGGGAAAGCAGACAGACAUUCAUAGCCAAGUAAACUCCAUCAAAUCCUCGAAAUUAGAAUCUGACCUCAAUGAUCAGUGGAAGUCUCUUUUUCGACACAUGGAGGAUACGUUUGCAAGUGAAAGCAGCCAGCUUGUGAGUGUAAAAUUUACUGCUUUGUUAGAUUACAUUUCUCAUGAUGGAAAAUUGGACCCUUGCCCCUGGUUCCAAGCUGGAUAUGUGACACUGAAAGAUUUGAGGGACAACUGCAAGAUGGAUCUGGAGAGGGUCACUGGAAUGCCUUCAGACACACUUUAG